CCCUUGUGUAUUCAAAAACAGUUUGUUAUUACUCUUAACCUACCUUGGUAAUCCUUAUUUGAUUGGAUUACCAAACGUUGUGUUAAUCAUUCUUAAAUGGUUCUUUUUGUCACUUAGUUUAAUUUAACGUUUUUAUAUAUAUAUCGUCUUGACAAGUAAAUGUGUGAUCAGAUUGUUCGAAAUGUAUAACGCAAAUACACAUCACAUCGUUUUUCAGAUAAUCUCCGUCUUCUAAUAAUGCUAUCCAAAUAUAUAAGAGGGACUAAUUGUUUUAAAUUUUUGAAAAGAAGACUCCCUCCAUGCACUAUCAAACGGUUAGAUGGACGUCUUAACCUGAAGUGUAAAGUAGCAUCUGAAAAGUGACACAUUCCCGAAAGUAUUUUACAAAUCCCUUCCAUCUUUCAAGUAUUAUUCGCCUUACGAAAUCUCACAUUGACGAUUCUAAUGGGAAUUUAUGUGGACUAAUUGAACUCGAUUUAUUGUCAUGAAAUAUUGAUUGUCUGAUGUCUCCAUUAUUUGUCAAAGUAAGUUCAUUAAUUUUUGUAGCUCUGUCGUUGAUAAGACGAAUACUAGAGAAUACUAGAUUGAAAUUGCUUGGAUCUUGCACGUCUGACUUCCAAUUAAACCAGAUCCCAUUAAAUCCUGAUAAGUAUGUGACAAAUCUGUCAUCGGUUGAACUUUUAUUACAUGAAAAAGAGGUGCUGUCAAUUGGUUUCAAUUUCUCUAUCCCAUUAAACAAUAUUUCAGACUUAACAAUUGAUUCUCAGUUUGAAAAUUUGUAUGAUCAGUUGAGUUCUCUAACAACUUCUUCGACAGAUGACCGAAGUUGGUCGAAAGUUAAAUGUGUAGAUGUAGCACACCAAUUCCGUAAUUCAAGUCGGAAACAAAGAAGCAUUUUAACAUCAACUCAUUUUAAAUCCCUAAAGGAAUUACGUAAUAGAUCCGAUUUAGUUAUUUUGACACCUGACAAUGGAUCUGGUGUAGUUGUAAUGGACAGAAGCGAUUACAAAACAAAAAUGUUCUCAAUCCUUAAUGACAAAAGCAAAUUCAUAGCCGAUGUUCCUUCUGAUGAUAUCAGAGAAUUGGUAGGAAAAGUAACUUCUCGCUUAGUAGAACUUCGUGGAAUGGUCGUUAUCGAUAAACAGGAGUUUAAUUCCUUGAAGCCCAUGGUAUCUGACUACCCAAACCUCUGUGGUUUACCCAAGAUUCAUAAGGUUGAUAAUCCGUUACGUCCAAUUCUAUUAAUGUGUCACUCUCCUACACAUAAAUUAGCAAAAUGGUUAGCUGAUAUUUUAAGUCCAGUACGCAAUGAAUUAUGAGAAUCAUAAUCUCAUUCAAUCAUGGAUUCUAUGCCUACUACCGUUAUCUGAAGAUUCCAACGAAUUCAAUGCUCACUUACAAAAACUUUUAUCUAUUUUGACUGAUAUUAAAACUUCCAAUGUGUAGAAUUCAGUUCUCUUCUAUUCUCUUCUCUUCUAUUCUAUUCUUUUCUAUUGUGUUCUGUUCCGUGUUUUGUCCCCCAUAGUCCUGUACUUUAUGCGUGCAAAUAAAAGAGGGGGAAAAGAAAGUGUAAUAUAUAUACAUAUUACUUUUACUACAAUGACAACAACAAUGUUAUAUUUAUUUCUGUACAUUCAUAUUUUCUUUCAAAUAAAAGCAUUUAUUUUAUUUUCAAGUAUUGGUUUUGUAGAGAUGUAGUUUGAUUGGGUGGA